CUUGUGGAACAUACAAUGCAGCAAGAAAGCAGCAGUAGCAGUAGAAUCAUGGAAACUAUGUGUGGUUUUCUGAGAAAGUGCUUAUUCAGAGCCCUGUCUGUGGGCCCCAUCCCCAGUUACGUCGCCUUCAUCAUGGAUGGAAACAGGAGAUAUGCUAAGAGGCGAAACCUAGUCGAAGGGGACGGCCACAGGGCCGGAUUUUCAUCUCUCAUGACUAUUCUUGGUUACUGCUAUGAUUUGGGAAUAAGGUAUGUAACAGUCUAUGCCUUCAGCAUCGACAAUUUUAAGAGACGGCCUAAUGAGGUCCAAUGUCCGAUGGAUUUAAUGGUGGAAAAAAUUGAGGAAUUGCUCAAGACAGGAAGUGUUCUUGAUCGAUAUGGCAUAAGGAUGCACUUCAUAGGGAACUUGAAACUUUUAAAUGAGAAUGUUCAGAUUGCAGCAGAGAAGGCCAUGAAGGCUACUGCAAGCAACAAUAAGACUGUCCUUUUGAUAUGCGUGGCCUAUACUUCUUGCGAUGAAAUAGUGCACACUGUCCAAAGAUCCUGUGAAGAGAAGCUAGAUGAAGCUAAUGUUUUUGAAGGAAAUGUAGAAAUCAAGGAAAUGAAUGGUCAGCUGGAUGAACUAGGAGUGCCUAUUUCCCCUUGCAGUUGUGGAGUCAAAAGAGUCAAGGGGGCGGAGACAAAAAACGGCAUCUUCAAACAUGUUGGACAGGGAUCACAUCAAGAAAGAUCAGAUGCUAUUGAGAAGAUGCACAAAUCGGACACAUAUGCAUCAUCAAAUUGCCGUUGCCAUCUAGGGCUCGUGCCCUCAGCUCCUCUCGCCGAUUUUGUGGCCUCCCUCGUGGUGGCUCUUGGUCAUCUUCAAAACAAGUAUCCAAUCAUAAACUUGGUAGAUAUCGAGAAGAAUAUGUACAUGGCCGUGGCGCCUGAUCCAGACAUAGUCAUAAGAAGUUCGGGCGAGACUAGGCUGAGCAAUUUCCUUCUUUGGCAAACCGCUUAUUGCCCCUUAUACGCACCUGAUGCUCUUUGGCCUGACAUGGGGUUAUGGCACUUGGUGUGGGCAGUGCUCAGUUUUCAGAGAAGCUACUCUUAUUUGCAGAAGAAGAAGAAACAGUUGUAAAACCUUCCUCCUCGCGCCUGUCAAUAAGCAAAAACAAAUCAACCGUGUGUAUCAUGUAUUUGCUGAUAGUUGCGGCUUCAGGGGCCCUUUAUAUCU